AUGGACAUCAGAGCUUCCCUCUCUCUCCUAGCGCUGUUGCUGGGGCUGUGUGAUGGUCGGAACUUCAUGAGAGAUGGUGUUGACAUUGAAACGCUCAUCGACGACGAUGCGGACGGCGUGGACUUAACGACCCAGAUUCUGACCUCUAACAAUGCCUCCGGUGAGUUUCUUAUGGAGGGAGACAUUGCUGUUCAGACACAGAGGAAUUCCCUGACCUGCUUCUCCUGCAAGUGGAAGAAAUCUGCCAACGGCCUUGUCCAAGUUCCUGUGACUGUGAGCACUGACUUCUCCUACUAUGAAAGGAUGAAAAUCGAAAAGGCGAUGCUGACCUUCACGAAAGAGACCUGCAUCCGAUUUGUGCCUCGCUCAACAGAGGUCGACUACCUCAGCAUAGAGAACGGUAGAGGGUGCUGGUCUUACAUCGGGAGAACAGGAGGCAGCCAGUUGGUGUCGUUGAACAGGUAUGGCUGCCUCUACAACGGCCUCAUCCAGCAUGAGCUCAACCACGCCCUGGGCGUCUUCCACGAGCACACCAGGGCCGACAGGGACCAGUACGUGAAAGUCCACUGGGAAUACGUCCAGCCACGAGAAGUUUACAACUUUAGGAAACAAUAUGGCGACACCUGGGGGACACCAUAUGACUACUCAUCUGUGAUGCACUACUCCCGAACUCUCUUCACCACUGUGAAUGGAAAGGCAACGAUCACCCCCAUCCCCGACCCGAACGUCCCCAUUGGCCAGAUAAAGGGUCUCUCCCCCACUGACAUCCUGAGGAUCAACAAGAUGUAUGGAUGCUGCCCUCUGGGUAAAGGGCCUGGCCUGUACACACUGCACUCCCUGCAUGAGAAAAGGGCCUGUAAGGCACCAGAGGACAACAUGGUCACCACGCCAGAGUCCAAGUCAGGAAGUUGA